AUGCUCACCUCCACAAAGCCACGCUCAACACACACUCAUACAUUUACAACUCCCAGCUCCCACUCAUCCCCACCUUCCUCCCCUCCUCGUCCCACGAUGCACUGGCUGUCUCGUUCUUCCACUCAACCAUCUUCCCCAUCUAAAGCUACCCGUCUCUCCGAGCCAAAGGUCUUUCGUUCAAUUGAAGUCCUGUCCCAAUCACGUACCGGUGUCUUGGGCGCAGGUGCAACCGUCGUUCGAACUCCAGAUGAGGCACUCAAAGAAACUGGCGUCAGACUCACCUAUCAAGGAAAGCAGAAGAGAGCGCAUCCUCGCCCGGCCAGUCCGGUCAAACAGCCAAUCGCCGUCUCGCCAUCGCUGGCCGAUCUUUCUUCGUCCCCAAACAGCCCCCCAUUGCCUCCGCUUCCUUUGUCUGUUGCCGAGGGACUCGACGUUUUCGUGGAUCCACAAAUUAACCAUGUCCCUCUGGACUCAUCCCAUUCUCCACCGCCAGCUCAUGUCAGGUCCCCAUCAUUACGCUCAUCUUUGAAGGUGAAAACGUCGCACACUCCAGACCAAGUUCCACCGUUGCCUCCAAGCUUGGUUGCAACCUCACCUCCGCCCCCCUUCCGACCAAUCCUUUUAUCUGAAACUCCUAUACUACCCAUCGAUCCCACCAAGGUCAUCGUUACCCUUGAGACCUGCACAGUAACAUAUAAAACCUCGCUCGAAACUAUCAACUCACGACCUUCAAAUUUGUCGAAAUACAUAUUCUCUUUACUUCCUCAUCCCCCAAGUUCAACUACCUCCUCUGUGUACUCGGAUGAUAGUCACGACAUGGCCGCCUAUCGCCAUCAUUUGAAAUCCGAAGGUGUCCUCAUCCAGUCUUCGUUCAACCUCCACAUCUUUCUUGAUCGCUCAAGUGCCCCGUACGCUCAUGUACUGAAUUAUCUUCGUUCGCCCACUGGACUUCCAGCAAGUAUUCCCAGAGCAGCCCAUGGACGGCUUGAAAAUCUUAUAGAGCUUCGAGAUGAAGCCGCCUACCUCGGCCUCGACGGCCUGCACAAACUUUGCACAGAUGAAAUCAAGCUACGUCAUGCCCCCAGGCUGCACUCUCGAGGGAGUAGUACCGGAACUACUCUGGCAUCUGUACACAGCUUGCACGGCUCCGUUUACAGCCUUCAUACCCCUUCAGAGCGCGUUGAGCCAGAUAUGGCCGCUACCUUCUCGCAGUCAUCUUGCAAGAGCCCAUGCGACGUCCUGCUCCCUGCAAGGUCGCCACCUACUCCUCAAUCUUGGGAAGGUCCGCGCAGCUUGCCCCGACAAACACCCCCUGCUCCAGCUGGCUGGAUUUAG